GUCGUCUUUGUAACGGCCGGCGGUCAUCUAUUGGUGAAAAUGGUCGCGAAAAAUCGGUGAAAAGACAUAAAUAUUCAACGAAGGAAGCCGACCGAUAUCGUGGUUUUAACUGGCUUGUGCUAACCUAUUGGUAAUUUAUGGUAAUUCGAAUAGAAUAGUGAGGGAAUAAUAGCAAAAUGUGGGACCUGUUCAACUUUCUAAUGCCAGUGUCCAUGGUUGUAAAUGUCGUAGAUCCAAACUGUACCUAUUUUCAAGAUAUGCUAAUGGGGGAGCAAUACUAUAUUUACAAUAAAGUAUAUCCUCAAAAUUACACAGCAGGAACAUCAUGCAAAUGGGUGGCGAACAGCCCGCCAAACUCAAAAAUUUUCCUAUCUUGUAGCGAUGUAAUAAUGCCAAAAUCAGAAAACUGUAAAGAAGAUCACUUAAUUAUUACUUCAAGUGGAGGAAACAAUCUCACUGAAACUCACAGGUAUUGUGGAGAGGGCAGUUUUUCCCUCAUAACCAAGGGCAAUAGUUUUACAAUGAAUUUAUUUACUUCAAGAGGCUCAGUCGGUGGUAGAUUUUUAUGUUCCAUCACUUCAAUUAAAGAUAACAUCAUGCAAUCUGACAGUGAUUUUCAAAAUCCGCCAGUUCAUGUUGGCUGCCAGUGCGGAUGGAAAAAUGAGAGAAGGAUAGUAGGUGGACAAGAAACACAGGUUAAUGAGUAUCCCCUCAUGGCUGGACUAGUUGACAGAACCGAAGAAGUACAUGUCUACUGUGGAGCUACGAUAAUUUCAAACAAGUUUGUUGUUACCGCAGCUCACUGUGUUCAGAGCAGAGAUCCCAGCAAUCUUUUACUUCUUGUAGGAGAUCACGAUUAUGAUACAGGUAGCGAAACUGACUAUGCAGCCAUUUAUAGCAUUGUAGCUUACGAGAUGCACCCAAGGUAUAUGCCCAGCACAUUUAUGAACGAUAUUGCUCUAGUGAAAACUGAUAAAAUCAACUUUAACGAUAAUGUUGGACCUGCAUGUUUACCGUUUAGGUAUACAUUUGACAGUUUCGAGCAUGAGACAGUAACUUUGCUAGGUUGGGGACAAACGGCAUUUUCUGGGCCACUGUCACACGCACUGCAAGAAGUUAAUGUAGAUGUUAUUAGUAACGUCGAAUGUUCUAUGCGAGAAGAUAUCGAUAUCGUCAGUAACGAAAUCUGUACUUAUGCAGAGGGAAAAGAUAGCUGUCAAAGUGAUUCGGGAGGGCCAUUGCUUUGGCAAAACCAAGCAAAUAAAAGAGUAUUUUUGGUGGGUAUUAUAUCUCAUGGCAGAGGCUGUGCCACGAAGUAUCCAGCUGUCAACGUCAGGGUAACAUCGUUUUUGGAAUGGAUACAAGAAAGAACAGGUGAAUAUUUUUGCUCCUCAGGUAGGAUUUUUCGAUACUGUGAUGACAUCAGUACUUUGAUGACAUCGAAACAGAACAUAAAGCCAUGGGCAAUAUUUGUGUUUUGGUUGUGUACUGGUAGAGUUUUUUGUGAUACUCUAUGUAAUUAUGAGCAAGAUGUAGUACCUGGUGUGGUACUAGUUUUAUAUCCUAGAAACUAUUCAGCCGGAGCAGAUUGCUUCUGGAGAUUCAGAUCUGCUAUAGGAACACAUGUGUACUUAUCCUGUAAUAUAAAUAUUCCUUUGACAACUAACUGCAGCCAAGACAUUUUGACAGUUUGGAAAAGUGGAUUAGAAUAUAGUAGUCUUGGUGAUGGAUAUUGUGGAAAGCAAUAUUUUUCCAUCUUCAGUGAAAACGAGAUAUUAGCUAUCGGUUUAGUUUCGUCCUGGAAUUCGCCAGGUGGUGAACUAAAUUGUGAAAUAACGUCAAUUAGAAAUGAAACAGAACCCGUACCUGACUGGAAUACAGGAUGUGACUGCGGGAUGGAAGGGAUGACUAGAAUUACUGGAGGUCAAGAAACAGGAAUUAACCAAUUUCCUUUUAUGGCAGGGGUCAUAUAUAAGGAUGAUUUUUUUUGUGGAUGCACGAUUAUAGCUAAUCGAUAUUUACUUACAGCUGGACACUGUAUAUAUCAAACAAAUCCUGAUGAUUUGCUGAUAUUAGUAGGAGAUCAUGAUUUAUCAACAGGUCGAGAUACGAAUGCUAGCAAGUUAUACCAUGUUAGCGCCUACGAAAUCCAUCCUUCGUUCAAUAUGACCUCCUGGCGAAAUGAUAUUGGAAUCAUUCAAACAAGUACUGUAAUAAAAUUUGGUCCUGCUAUAGGACCUGUUUGUUUGCCAUUUAAACAUACUUACUAUGAUUUUGCUGGACAAACUGGAACAAUUUUAGGUUGGGGACUUUUAAAAUUUUCUGGUGUACCCUCAAACACGUUACAAAGAGCCGAUCUAACAAUUUUAUCAACCAGACAAUGUAAUUUUUUUGACCAGCCACCUACAAGUUACAACGAAUUGUGUACAUACGAAAAAGAGAAAGAUUCCUGUCAACAUGAUUCAGGAGGACCUGUUAUAUGGUACGAUACAAGCACCGAAAGAUAUGUAUUAGUUGGAAUAAUAAGUCAUGGAAAACCUUGCCCUUCCAAUACCCCUGGACUAAAUACGAGAGUUACAGAAUAUUUGCAAUGGAUUAUCGACAGAACCGGAAGAGAUACUGGAUACUGUGUUAAAUAAUAAAUUAAAUCCAAAAAAAUGAAGCCAAGAAACAAUAGGUCUUAUUAUUUAGGUACCUUUUUCCUCUUGUUCAAGGACAAUUAUUACAAUUAUUACUUUGGAAAAUAAUAAAACUAUCAUAAUAUCUAAGGAAACAAAUAUAUAAGCAUUAAGA